CGUCCUGCCCCUCUCGACCUCUAAUCCCCCACCAACCUCAAGGCAAGAGAGCAAAGAUGGCGUUCGGAAAGCUCUUCACUUACGCGGGCAACCCCCGCUCCACGGCCAUCCGCGCCGUUGCGAAGGCCAACAACCUCGACCUCGAGGAGGUUGACACCGACCCAAAGAACCCGACCCCGGAGUUCACCAAGGCCAACCCUCUUAACAAAGUUCCGACCUUUGUGGGCGCCGAUGGCUAUGUCCUCACUGAGUGCAUUGCCAUCGCCAUCUACGUAACCUCCCAGAACGAGAAGACUACCCUCCUCGGCAAGACCAAGCAGGAUUACGCUUCUAUCCUGAAAUGGAUGUCCUUCUUCAACAGCGAGCUGCUGCCCAAGCUUGGCGGCUGGUUCCGCCCCCUCCUUGGCAAGGACCCCUACAACAAGAAGUCUGUGGAGGACUCCCAGAAGGCUACUCUUGAGGUAGUCUCCGUUCUGGAGGACCACCUCCGCAACAACACGUAUCUCGUCGGCGAGCGCAUCACCCUUGCUGAUCUCUUCGCUACCGGCAUCAUUGCCCGUGGCUUCGAGUUCUUCUUUGACAAGGAGUGGCGCCAGAAGUACCCCAACGUCACUCGUUGGUACGAGACAGUUUACAACCAGCCAAUCUACUCGGCGGUUGCUCCUGAGUUUUCUCUCCUUGAUACCCCCAAGUUGACCAACGUGCCCCCGAAAAAGCCUGAGCAGCCCAAGAAGGAGGCUCCCAAGAAGGAGGCUCCCAAGCCCAAGCCGGCUGAGGAAGAAGAGGAGGCAGCGCCCAGCGAGCCCAAGCCCAAGCACCCCCUCGACCUGCUUCCUCGGGCCACUUUCCCUCUUGACGAGUGGAAGCGCCAGUACUCCAACAACGAGACUCCGGCGGCUAUGAAGUGGUUCUGGGAGAACGUCAAGUUUGACGAGUACUCGAUCUGGAAGGUAGAGUACAAGUACAACGAUGAACUCACCUUGACCUUUAUGUCGAACAACCUUAUUGGCGGCUUCAACAACCGGCUGGAGGCUUCGCGCAAGUACCUCUUCGGCUGCUGCUCAGUGUACGGCACCAACAAUGACUCUGUCAUCCAGGGCGCCUUCGUCAUCCGGGGCGAUGAUUGGAAGCCCGUCUUCGAGGUUGCUCCCGACUAUGAGAGCUACACCUUCACCAAGCUCGACCCCAGCAACCCUGAGGACAGGGCCUUUGUUGAAGCCCAGUGGUCGAUGGAAGCGACCAUCACUGUCAACGGCAAGGAGUACCCGCAGGCCUGCGGGAAGACCUUCAAAUAAUUUCCAAACCGACGCGCAUCAAAGGCCCCAAGUGGCGGUGUGCUAGAUAGAGACUAUGGAUAUGACUGAUGAAUGAAUUGGGCGGAGAAUAACGGGAAGGGGCCCGUUUGUUCAUGUGCUUUGAUAUCAGCCGAUAGUCCAGUAUGAAAUGAGUCGACGAAAUAGACACCACCAACUGCUGGGUUUGCGGACGCCGCUGAAGACCUUUUGUGUUCAUCAUGUAAAGGAACGAGAC